UCAAUCUCAACUUUUGAUCAUCAACCAUCGUCCAACACCACCGCCAAAGGCAAGCCUCUACCUCUGAUUUCACGCUCCACGCCCCCAAAAUCUUCAGCCUAUAUCAUAACGCUUCCGCCAAUCAACCGUCAACAUGGCGAAGGAGAAGAAUUACAACCCCGUGCAGGAGCAAAAGAAAGCCGAUAAAGCGAAAGCUCUCCGCAAACAGAAAGCGACCGUCCAAGCCCAGCGCAAUGAGAAACUUGCACGCCGCAAUCCCGCACGCAUCCAGCGCGACAUCGACCAGCUCAAAGACCUCGAUCAAAGCGGCGCGCUACGACCACAUGAGCGCCAGCGCCUCACAGAGCUGGAGAAAGACCUCGCAGCAGUCAACAAGGCACGCACAGCGCUUGGCGACAAGGCACCGCAGUUCAAGCCUGAGCGGCGACAUGACGAUUUUGGGGAUCGAGGCGGUCGAGAGGCGGGGAGAGGACGGGGAGGUGGCGUACUGGGCAAGCGGACAAGGGACGGGCAGAGGAAAGAGGACGAUAGCAGCGACACAGAUGCGGACGUAGCGAAUAUCCCCAUGCCACGAGACACGCCACCGCCGAUACCGCGACAGCGCCACCGCCAGCGCAACGCACAAGACGAGGAGCCUGCGCCAGAGCCCAAGAAAGCACAGAUUGUCUACGAGGCGGCACCGCAGAAGCGCGACUUCCUCAAGGAGGCUACAAAGUUCAUGCCUGCAGCAGUUGCGCAGAAGAUGAAGCUGGCGAAGGGCGAAGGGAGGCUGCUGGAGCCGGAAGAGUUCGACAAAUUGCGGGAAGACGGGUACAUGGGCAAAGAACAGGACGAGCCUGCGCCUGCACCUGCGCCUGUACCUGAAGCUGAUCCAGAGCUGGAUGCGUUCUUGAAGACGACAACUAGUGAGGCUGCUGAACAGGCAGCAGAGGCUAUGAUUGAGGAGGCUGAAUACAACAUGAUGGCAGCAGAGGCACAAGGCAAAAUCGUCAGCAUACAGUCAGAGGCAGCGGUGGCCGAGAAUACCCUGCGGCAUGUUGAAAUGGAAGAGGUCGAAGAUGAGGACAUUUGAGAUGGCAAAAGCCAUCUCUUGAGCGCAAGAUACCCAAUACACUGCACGCUAGAACUACAAGCAAUCGAUUUGGUGAGCUUCACCUGUGUAACACAACAUGCGUUAGUCCUUGGGCGAAGAGUGAAUUUGAUUCGAGCACUGAUAAGAAGUUAUGCACGGCGAGAUACUGAUGUGCGGCCAACGAGCAGCAUGAUCUCAAGGGCCUAUCACAAGCG